UUUUUCUAUCUUCUAGAUUUCUUCAUCAUGCUAAUAAGGAAGAAUGAUUUUCUAUUUGGUAUAGCUGAUCGUAUUAUACAAAAACCAGAUCCUUGAAAAGGUCAGAGCCUAUGGAGAAAAUAACAUACGGAGAAAUUGGCUUGUCAGAAGUCAGAGCAAGAUAUUGGCGGAUCCAGGGAUAAAUCCCAAACCUCAUAACUCCUUAAGCAGUCUUUAGUUCAUUGAUUAUGCAGCCUACUGGAAAGUUCAUUGCCAGAAAGUCUCUGACAUCUGCUUCCCUGCAAUAAAUGCUUUUUCAAAUACCUCCAAUCAAAAGAUGACGUUUUGUGAAACCCCUGUAAUAAACUGGAAUGAUGUUAGAAAAUACAAAUAUGGUCACCUAUCAGAGUCUGCAUCCCAAUAUCAAGAAACUGGUGACAUCCUGGAGCUAGGUCAUUUUACCUGGGACAAAUACCUAAAAGAAACAUGUUCAGUCCCAGCGCCUGUCCAUUGCUUCAAGCAGUCCUUCACACCUCCAAGCAACGAGUUCAAGAUCAGCAUGAAAUUGGAAGCACAGGACCCCAGGAACACCACAUCCACAUGUAUUGCCACAGUAGUUGGACUGACAGGUGCCCGCCUCCGCCUGCGCCUUGAUGGUAGUGACAACAAGAACGACUUCUGGCGGCUGGUUGACUCAGCUGAAAUCCAGCCUGUUGGAAACUGUGAGAAGAAUGGGGGUAUGCUACAGCCACCUCUGGGAUUUCGGCUGAAUGCCUCCUCUUGGCCCAUGUUCCUUUUGAAGACGCUAAAUGGAGCAGAGAUGGCUCCCAUCAGGAUUUUCCACAAGGAGCCACCAUCACCUUCCCACAACUUCUUCAAAAUGGGAAUGAAGCUGGAAGCUGUAGACAGGAAGAAUCCUCAUUUCAUUUGUCCAGCCACUAUAGGGGAGGUUCGGGGCUCAGAGGUGCUUGUCACUUUUGAUGGGUGGCGAGGAGCCUUUGAUUACUGGUGCCGCUUCGACUCCCGGGACAUCUUUCCUGUGGGCUGGUGUUCUUUGACUGGAGACAACCUACAGCCUCCUGGCACCAAAGUUGUGAUUCCAAAGAAUCCCUUCCCUGCGUCUGAUGUGAACACUGAGAAGCCCAGCAUCCACAGCAGCACCAAAACUGUCUUGGAGCAUCAACCAGGGCAGAGGGGUCGUAAACCAGGAAAGAAGCGGGGUCGAACACCCAAGACCCUUAUUUCCCAUCCCAUCUCUACCCCAUCCAAGUCAGCUGAAUCUUUGAAAUUCCCAAAGAAGAGGGGUCCCAAACCUGGCAGUAAGAGGAAACCUCGGACUUUGCUGAGCCCACCACCCACCUCACCAACAACCAGCACCCCUGAACCGGAUACCAGCACUGUUCCCCAAGAUGCUGCCACCAUCCCCAGCUCAGCCAUGCAGGCCCCCACAGUUUGUAUCUACUUGAACAAGAAUGGCAGCCCAGGCCCUCACUUAGAUAAGAAGAAGAUCCAACAGCUCCCUGACCAUUUUGGGCCAGCCCGUGCCUCUGUGGUAUUGCAGCAGGCUGUCCAGGCAUGCAUCGACUGUGCUUAUCACCAGAAAACUGUCUUCAGCUUCCUCAAACAGGGCCACGGUGGUGAGGUCAUCUCAGCCGUGUUUGACCGAGAACAGCACACCCUCAACCUCCCAGCAGUCAACAGCAUCACCUAUGUCCUCCGCUUCCUGGAGAAGCUCUGCCACAACCUUCAUAGUGACAAUCUGUUUGGCAACCAGCCCUUUACACAGACUCACUUAUCACUCACUGCCACAGAGUACAGCCACAGCCACGACAGGUACCUACCAGGUGAAACCUUUGUCUUGGGGAAUAGUCUGGCCCGGUCCUUGGCACCACACACAGACUCAAUGGACUCUACGUUGAAUCCUACCAACCUUGUCAGUACCUCCCAGAAUCUUCGAACUUCUGGGUACCGGCCCUUGCUUCCCUCCUGCGGCCUCCCACAGAGCACUGCCUCAGCUGUGCGCAGGCUAUGUUCCAGGGGAGUGUUAAAAGGAUCAAAUGAAAGAAGGGGUAUGGAAUCAUUUUGGAAACUAAAUCAUUCCCCAGGGUCUGACCGAUACCUGGAAAGCCGGGAAGCCUCUCGACUGAGUAGCCGGGACCCCUCCUCAUGGACAGUCGAGGACGUGAUGCAGUUUGUCCGGGAAGCUGAUCCUCAGCUUGGACCCCAUGCUGACCUCUUUCGAAAACAUGGGAACAGAACUAAAAAAGUGAAUAAAUGCCAAGUCUGAAGGAAGAGAAGGAACUAACCUCUGGGGUCAGAAUUAAAUGUUGUUUAAGAAAAGCAGAGCCAAAAAUGAUUAAAGAAAAAGAAAACCAAAUAAAGCCCUCAACUGGUGGAAUUGUUUCACCAAGUCAGGCAUUCUAAUAAUGACCAGUCAUCCAAAGUAGCUGGGCUGGCCUUGGGCAGGCCCUUGCACACGAGGUGUGGUGCAGGAAAGGCCACUCCAUGGAGCCCAGCACUCCACCCACCCACGAAGCAGGAAGACACCAUUGACUCAUUGCUAAGGAAAUCUGGAGGAAGACACCAAGUACUUCAGGAGAUAAUGAUGUGCAGGAGCCCAGGAGUGCAGCUCAGAGGGAGACCACUUGCCUAAUGUGCUUGAGGCCCUAACUAGUUCCAUCCCCAGCACCACAGUGGGGGGAAAAAAAGUUAACCCAAGAGCCUAGCCUCUACUAAGGGAUGGUCAGGGAAGAACUGGGCAUUUUUCUGGACGCCCUCCCCAUCUUCGACUCCUCCUGCCUGCUGGCCAGGUGGACUUCUAUACUUAGCUCCAUUGUCUAGACCAUUAGUCCUGAGGAGUAUCCACAGCACCCCUCGUUGGCGUCCUUGUGGAACUUAAAUCUUUCUCUGGGAUGUGGCACUGGUGAGCCAAGUUGAUGCACUGCCCCUGCUCUCACAUGGGGUGCCACAGCAAUUCCUAGAAAGAGCCUGAGCUGGCUUACUCCACCUUACAGCCAGGCACCCCACCCUGCCAGCCCUCAGAGUUUUGCAGCCUUUGCUGCAGUCUGGCUGGGCACAAAUAACUGAGCUGCCACAAAGCCUUGUAGAUUCAAACAGCAGCUCUUUAUUCCCCAACUCUCACCGGCACUGCACACACCACACGGGAACACACUCCCUCACCUGGGCUCCGUCCAAUCUCUCUGAACCCCUGUGAGAACUCAGGGGAACUUCAAGGUAGCAGGCACCGGAGGCAGCAGGAGCCGCCUUAUUGCCCGCCAGUAAAGGUCAAAUAUACAAUACAAUCAAUCCAGCAUCACAGCAAUUAUAUAUAGCUUAACUCAAAUCAUCAUCUCAAUGGUUUGCUGGCGUCACCUUUCAACCAUUCCCUCUGGCAAAUGCCAGGCAUCAUUCUGACUGGGCUGUGGCUCUCAACAAGUCUCUUUACCCUAACUCACCCCAAAUCAUUGCAUCUGGUUUUGCUCCCACAUUCCAUUAGGCUUCAAACCCCUAGUCCAGGAACAAUGACAGCCAGGCAUCAGAACUGGGUGCUUAGCCUAUAAUACCAAAGCCACUGCAGGUGCUCUCAGAGGCUAGCAGCCAACAGCAGGAUGGACCCUGGGGCAGAGCUCCUUGAGUCUCAGAGAAACCCUACAGGUGACUGGGCCUGGACCCAUAAAAGGUGAGGCAGGAAUCUAUAUGCAGUUGGUGGUUUGCUAGACAGGACUAAGGGCCAAAGCUGGAGCAUCAUGGGUCCCAAGAGCUCAAAGGCCAUGUCCACAGUAUUCCUACCAGAAUUUGCUUUUUUAACAUUACUGUCUCUCCCACAGGUAUCUGAGAUUCCCUGUCCCCCUUCUCCUUGAUUAGCCCCCCUGGGCAAUUAGCAAAAACUAAAUUUGGGAGUUGAGAGGAAGAAAGAAGGCAGAUGUCCAUCCCCAAUUCAGGUUCAGUGAUCAUGGCUGUGUAGACCGUCACAUGGGCACUCCAGAGAAGGUGAAAGGGGAAUUCCACUGCAUCUCUGUGCUCCAUCUUGGGUCCCCAGCUCUCAUUCCAAGAGUCUUAAAUUCCAGAGCUUUUUUCCUUCAGUGCCAAAUGAGGCUUGCCAAUAAGAUCACAGACAUCCAGCAAGAGGAUUAAAAGAUAAUGCUUUCCCAAUUCCAUCACCGCAUGAGUGGCCUGCCAAGCACCUCGACUUCUAAACCAUAGCAAUGAGCCUGGGAUGAGGUAAAGAGCCCUGUUCAAUUACAAUGCAUUUCUGUAUUUAAAAGACUAUUUUUAAAAUUGUAUUUAGUGAUUAUAAUAAAAGGCAGUUUUUACCUCUACCCCCAAAGGAAGUGAAAUGAAUGUUCAGCUCAUAUACGUCUGUUAAAGGCUAUGGAAAAAUGGGUGACAACGUGACUUAGAGAGAUUGCCAGUGAGGGCGGGAAAGCUUUGACAUGCAACUUGGCAUGGGAAAUCUCAUGCCAAACAGCUGCCUGUGGCAAGGCAGUGAGAUAAGGAAGGAGAACACUCCUGGUUGGUUCAUGUGUUUCACCCCAGGACUCUUCUGUGGCCAGCUGUCUCUUUUCACACAACCCAACACAACUGGCGUUAACCAUCCUGAAACAGCUGCAGCCGAGCUGUCCAGUGCUGUGAGAACACCUCAUGGAUGACACAGUUGAGAAAGGCUGGAAGAAGGGCUCAGGGAUCCCAGGACAUCUCAGGCUGUCCCUUCAUUACUCUCAGGGCUAUGGAGACAGCUGAGGCAGACCUGGCUCCAGGCCUGGGCAAGGACAGUGCAGCUGCCCAGUCUUCUCAGAGCCCCACACUGCCACCAUGAAGGGCUGGGGCUUCUUCCCUUCCCCCACACCAUCGUCUCUCCUCCAGUUCCCCACUUGAGCUUCUGCUCCCAUCCCUAAGGGAAACAAAACUUAACAUCUUCAGAAUGGCUGCCUGCUGUCAAGCAGUCCUUCAGUCAGUCGAAGCAUCACCUCUGUCCUCCACGCUCACUCCCCAUAACCAGAAGCUUCCAGAAGCAGCAUGAGAGAGAAUAUGUUGAAAUACACUUACCAAAGUCCCCACUUGCCAGGAGCAGGUCCCUGCAUUUGGAGAGGCUGUGCAUGACCCAUGUCUUCGUCCCAGUCAAACAACAGGUAACAACCCUGUACUUCAAAAGAGACAACAACACUUGAUCUAUUUUUCAGGACUCUUCUAGAUAGCAACUUUUGUCCCUGGCAUAGAGAAGGGCCUGUUGUCAGGGGUGGUUCUGGAAGCUACCCUGUGUAUUUUGGUCCAUCCUGGGAGCAGCUGGGACUCUCUGCCUUCCUUCUCUGUCUCUGUGGUCCUGACCAGUUAGUUUCUGCCCAUCUGUGAGGCCCCCAGGAGGCUUGGCACACCUGAGUCUCCUGUGAGGUCCUGGGCCAUCUGAAAGCCCAGGGCCCUGGGAGGAACAGUCCACAGGAGGGAAUCCUGAGAACAAAAAAGGAAGUAUAGGUUUUAAGCACCAGGACCGAAAGUGGUGGCAACUGGGUGGCCUGCGUGGGCAUUGGGGCCUAGAAAGGCACUGCAAAGGGAGGAAUUAUGUCUUCAGCCCCUACUUUCUGAAAGCUGCCCAGAAGGAGCCCCAUGAUCAAGCUUAUGUGGUUGGUGGGCAGCCAUGUCUGCAGGUGUGGGAGAGGCCUUGUCCACAGCUGACCAAGAAGGCAUUGUUGACCCUCAUGAGAUCACAGAGGCAGUUGUGCAGGCCCCACCCAUUUCCCAGGACCCUGGUUCUCCCUGCCUCCAUGCUAAGCUCUAAGUGCCCUGGGAGGUGCUAGUAGGGGUCGGGGUUGUGGGAGCUCAGAACUGGCACCUCUCAUGUUCCUCCAGGAGCCAGAAGGAUAUGAAGGACUUAGGCCUCUUUCCUCCUAUUCCUGUUUGCCUUGAAUGCCCCUGCCCCAGCCGCGGUGGCUCCCAGACCCCACCUGCCUCCAGGAUCCAACCUGAAAAGAUGCAGGCUGGUGGCACCUACCACACCAGCCAGAGGCUGGCUGUGUGGGGGUGAGUGGAGGGACUGGUAUGUGCACAGGCACAGCUCCUGGGCCUGGGGGCAAGGCACAGGAGCCCAGCUCUAAACCCCAUUCUCA